CCCGCCAAUCAGUGAGCACUAGAAAGUUCUGCUAACGGCCAGACUCAGGCAAGAUGGCUGCCGCGUGCCGCACCGUGAAGGGCCUGGUUGCCGUAAUAACUGGAGGAGCCUCGGGCCUUGGUCUGGCCACCGCGGAGCGACUUGUUGGUCAGGGGGCCAGUGCAGUACUUCUGGACCUGCCCAACUCGGAUGGAGCUGCCCAGGCCAAGAAGUUAGGGAAAAGCUGCGCCUUCGCCCCAACCGAUGUGACCUCAGAGAAGGACGUGCAAGCAGCCCUGACUCUAGCAAAAGAAAAGUUUGGUCAUGUGGAUGUGGCAGUCAACUGUGCAGGCAUUGCAGUGGCUAUCAAGACAUACAACUCAAAAAGGAGCCAGGCCCAUACCUUGGAGGACUUCCAGCGCGUUCUCAAUGUGAAUCUCACAGGCACCUUCAAUGUCAUCCGUCUGGUGGCUGGUGAGAUGGGCCAGAAUGAGCCAGACGAGGGAGGCCAACGUGGGGUCAUUGUCAACACUGCCAGUGUGGCUGCCUUCGAGGGCCAGGUUGGACAAGCUGCCUAUUCUGCUUCCAAGGGGGGCAUAGUAGGCAUGACAUUGCCCAUUGCUCGAGAUCUGGCUCCCAUGGGCAUCCGGGUGAUGACCAUUGCUCCAGGCCUAUUUGGCACCCCGCUGCUGACCAGCCUCCCCGAGAAAGUGCGAAACUUCUUGGCCAGCCAGGUGCCCUUCCCCAGCCGACUGGGUGACCCUGCUGAGUAUGCACAUCUGGUACAGGCCAUCAUUGAAAACCCAUUCAUCAAUGGAGAGGUCAUCCGGCUGGAUGGGGCCAUCCGCAUGCAGCCUUGAAGGGAGCAGGUAGAGAAAACCUAUUCCUCUGCCCCUCUUUUCACUGGGCUACAACUUGGGAGGUGCCUAGUAGCCAUUUUGUAACUUGCCCAUCAGUUACUCUUUGUGCCUAAAUAAAGUUUCUAUUUCUCACA